AUGGCUGUACUCUCCAUUCAGAGUGUUCUAGAGAGGAAACAAUGUUCUGUGCAUUUGGAUAUGCAGUCGCGAAUUUCGUAUGUUUGGCUACAGAUUUGCAACUUUACAUUCGAGAACCACAAUGUUAUGGAGACCUAUGGGUAUCCUGUCUUACGCAGCGCCAAUUUACCAGGUUCUUAUCUUAUGUUUGUGAUAUUUCCAUCCCAAGGCAUUAUCAGUUACACAUAUAUGAAGCGCAGUCAUUUCGAAUCCGAUAAUGCUGAAAAUUUUCAAAUCAAUCUGAUGCAAGCUCACGAACACUUGAGUACGUGGUGUGAAAGUCUGCUUGAUCCCGAACCUGAGUGUGCCGUACUUUAA